GCCCUCCACACUCCUCACUCCCAACCACCACCUGCUCGAUCGGUUGCCAUGGCCGCCUCCGCCUCCGCCUCCGGCUUGCACCGGCACCUCGACCUCAUCCGCGCCCACCUCCUCGACGACCACGUCGCCGCCGGCUCCACGGCGCGCGUCCGGCCGGCGCCCGUGGCUCUGCCCACGAGGCCGGUGGCGCCGCUCCUGUGGGGGGCGACGCCGGACGAUGCUCUGGAGGUGGGCGGCUACGAGGAGGACGACGACGAUUUCCGGCGGUACCGCGGCGUGCGGCAGCGGCCGUGGGGGAAGUACGCGGCGGAGAUACGGGACCCGGCGAGGAAGGGCGCGAGGGUGUGGCUCGGGACCUACGACACCGCCGUCGAGGCCGCGCGCGCCUACGACCGCGCCGCCUUCCAGCUCCGCGGCUCCAAGGCCAUCCUCAACUUCCCCAACGAGGUCGCCGCCGACGCUGCUGUCAAGUGGGCGCCUCCCGUCGGUCCCAUCCCUACGGGCGCCGCCGCCGCCAUGACCACGGCCGGGAGGAGCAAGAGGGUGAGGUCGGAGGAUGGGUCGCAGAAGGAGCAGUACUACCUGAGGGAGGUGAAGAAGGAGAGGAUGGUGAUGUCGCCGCCGGAGGCGGAGGCGGCGGCGGCAGCGGCGACGGCGACAGACAUCUGGGAUGAGCUGAAUGUGAUCUACAGCCUGCCGCCUCUCUCACCGCUCUCCGUCAGCUGAUCAACGCCGUCGUCGGCGAGCUUGCAGUGGCUGCAGCCAUGGCGCGCGCGGUGCUCCGGCCGGUGCACACGCAGCCACGCAGGCACGCGCAUGGCUGCCGCGUGGUGUGUCCGUGACGUCACCUGCUAAAUUAGAUAGGUGUUCUUUGAUUAAUUUGCUCUAAUACGUAGUAACAACUAGUUAUAAAUUACUCGAUCGAUUUGGCUCGAUCUGCCAAAUAUUCUUUCGUUCUAAUAUUAAUUGCUGCUCAGGUGAUCGGUGAUCAUAGUAGCUUCAUUGCGAUGUGUCAAUGAGAUGAUAUGCGAGUACAAAUAUAGUAUUGAUUAAUUAAGAGUUCAUGGCUUGUGGCGAGCAUCAGAUUCAGAGCAUCUGGGCGUGACAUCGAUCGUUGAAAGCGUUGAACUCGUGACUUUGCAUUUCGACUAUGCUGGUG